CCUCAGCGUGUAAGUGGGACUGAUCGUGUAUCGUGUGCUUGGACCGGCGACUAGUAUCGUGCUGCGCGUACGCUGCGCCGCAGCCACUCACUGCUACUCGUAAACGAUUAUUCAAUUCCAUGAGCGCAGAGUAACCAGCUCGUCCGGUCAGGCUACUUAAACGUGAAUAUUUUGCGAGAAUGGACGUCGAAGCCGGCAAGGACAAUAUAAGCGUUGAGGACUCGAAUCUCGUUGUGUUCUUAGAUACUAAAUAUACCACGAUACAGUCAACUGCUGGGCGGAUAUGCAGGAGAAUAAAGCGAGGCCCACGCGAGAGACAAGCCAUCCUGCGAGGAGCCUGCGGGGCGCUUCGGCCGGGGCGCCUGACUUUCAUCCUCGGGCCGUCGGGCGCAGGGAAAACCACCUUAUUAAAAAUAUUAGCAAAGCGAAAGAAAGCCGGUGUAGAAGGAUUGCUGUACGGUACAGACCCGAACACGGUGUUGGUGGCUCAACAGGCGUCGCUUAUAGACACCCUCACAGGAAUGGAAACCCUCAUAUUUGCAGCCAGCCUCAAGCUUCCCAAUGCUACAUCUAGAGAAAGAGAAAAUGCAAUCGAGUCGGUGUCAUCACAGCUCGGUAUGGAGGGUGUACUUGACACAAAAGCCGGUCAAAUGUCAGGAGGCGAAAGGAAGCGGCUGACGAUUGCUUGCGAACUACUCACCAAUCCUCUCAUCAUGCUACUGGAUGAGCCUACCAGUGGCUUAGACUCUGUGUCCUCGAUGUCCGUGGCCCGCGCGCUCCGCGACGUGGCCUCCAACGGUCGCACCGUGGCUUGCGUCAUCCACCAACCAUCCUCCAACCUCUUCACGUCCGCCGACGACGUCAUACUGAUGGCCGAAGGGCGGACGAUAUACGCGGGCGCGAUACAAGAUAUCCCCGACACCCUGGCUAAAGCAGCCUACAGGUGUCCUCAGUACUACAACAUGGCUGAUUAUUUAUUAGAAAUCGCCAGUGGAGACCAUAUUGGUAAUUUAACCUACAUAGAGCAAGAAGCUAAAAGUUACACGGUUGAAAUGAAGAAAAUAGCCAAGAACACAGUCUUAAACGGAAACGGAAAAGUUUACGCAACAGAAGACGAGGCUUUACUGAGCUCGUCGCCAGCGCAACCCGCGCGGCUCACAGCCGGGCUGUGGAGACAGCUAUGCGCGCUGCUGUGGCGCUGCAGUAUAGGCGCCAUGCGAGACGUACACUUAACACAGAUCCGGCUGGUAUGUCACCUGCUGGUGGCGCUGCUGCUGGGCGCGCUGUACAGCGGCGCGGGCGCAGGCGCCGACCGCAUCGUCACCAACACCGCCUGCCUCUUCUUCUUCCUGCUCUUCCUCUUCUUCUCCAACGCAAUGCCUACUGUUAACACGUUUCCAGCAGAAGCAACGGUGAUCCUUCAAGAACAUUUGAAUAAAUGGUACAGCUUAACAGCAUACUGCAUGGCCAAAAUCAUAAUUGAUCUACCAGUGCAGCUGCUUUGUGCUACGCUGUUCCUGUUCCCGGCGUGGUAUUUAACGUCGCAACCGAUGGAAUACCACCGCCUGGGCCUAGCCUGGACUAUCUGCGUUCUCAUCACGAUUCUGGCGCAGACAUUCGGGCUGGUCGUCGGGACGGCGUGUGAUGUCAAGUUGGGAAUGUUCGUAGUACCAGCCGCCAAUAUUCCGAUGCUGAUGUUCUCGGAGUUCUUCAUUCCUUACCACGAGAUGCCGACAUACUUACAGCCCUUCGCAAACAUAUCCUACUUCCGGUACGCCUUCGAUGCCUUCGUGCAAGCAGCCUACGGCUUCGGGCGCGAACCUAUGCCGUGCAACAAAGCAUUCUGCCUGUUCCGAACCCCACAGCAGUAUCUGCAAUAUCUAGGACUAAAUAGACCUUUCAUAUAUGAUAUCUACGCCUUAUUAAUAUGGAUAGUUUUGUUGCAGAUCUUGUUUGUAUGUGUAUUAAAAUACAGAGUAUACAAGGCAUGUCGAUAGUAUACCUUAAAAUCUCAAGAUGUGAAACAACACAUCAUAUUAUUUACAUCGGUAAAAAAUAUUAACAUACACAUGAACCCGCCGCCUGAAUGGCUGAAUGCGGUAGGUUUGUGUAAUUCUUAAAAUACUCGUAGGUGUAAAUUCUUAUAUGUAUUUACAUAUCUACAACAAGCCUAUAUUAACACUACGGAUAUGAUGGUGUGAUAAAACGGUAUCCGUCUCUUUCAAUGGCGCUUUGUUAAAAAGUGCACGGAUAUUUUGUCACGUGGAUAAAGCCAUCAUAAUAGGCCUGCAGGGGACCUAAAUCAAGAUGACAAUCAUUUGCGCUAAACCUACGAAACGCUCUCUGUCUCUCUACUCGUAUCGUAUAUUAUUAGUGCGAUAGCGUCAUUAGCGUCACAACUACAAUUUAUCGACAACGCUUUCAAAAUCACUAUAGAAAAUUAUUGAUUGCGAGAACUGUUUGUUCAUUAGGUAUCUAUGAUUGUUAAAUUUGUUAAUUUAUAAUACCUAAAUGUAACUCUUUUGUAUGUAUAUGUUUUAAUUAUUUCUUUUGUAUUCUCUACGUGUAUAUUCCACCUCAAUUCUGACAUUUUAAUUUUAUACAUUCUGAUACUAAUGAUACUACGUAUUUUCUAAUUAUAUUGUUGUUUUAAUAUUAUAAUUGAAGCCUUUAUAAUUAGAUAUAAUAGGAAUAUACCAUUGUAUAUUCAAAUUCUGUCCAUGACGAUUAACGAUCUUAUGCGAAAAGUUCUAUUUACUAAAAUGUAUAGGUACUAACUUUAUGAUUUUUUUUAUAUUGUACUCGAACGAAUAUUUAUAAAUUUUAUAAUGGUCGACGUAUCGAAUGUUAUACGAGGUUGUAAGUUAAUUCUAACCCUACAAUUCUACAUAAGUACCUAUUCUUAAAUAAUGUUCAUAAAUAUACCUAAGAUAAAUAACAUUCCAUGACAUGUUUACAGUGUAAAUAUUACGUAUCUGCGCUAAUGAGUAAUAUCAGGCGCAUUUCUAUAAGUAAUACCUAUAAUAGAAUACUAUAAAUGCGAAAUUAACUCUGAGAACUCUGUCUGUUAACUCUUCGCGCUUAAACCGCUGAAGUGACCUUUAGUUAUUCUGUGCUAAUAGAUGAAAUUUGAUAUUUGUAUACACAAUCACUAAAUCAAUAAGACUGUAAACUUAGUACUUAUAUUUGUAACAAAGAGAUAAUGGUUAACGAAUUUAACAGCUUGAGUAGAUGGCGCUAUGCUGCGCCGUAUGUUUUUGUAGUAGGUACCUAACUGAAUUCUCAAACGUCAACUUUUAGCAACCAGGUUUACCACAUAAUGUAUCGAAACGUACAGCGCCAUCUACAUUAGCUGCCAAUUCGAAGCAAUAAUCUGUGUUAAACUUUACACAUAGGUACAAUCAAUUUAUCUUUGUAGAUAGAUAGCCACCUGAUAAUAGUACUUUGAUCAAAGGGACGUGCCUCAUCAUUGGUUGUAGAUGACAUUGUUUAUUAUUUUUGAAUUUUACAUUAACGCGUAUAUCACACUGAUGCAGUUUAGUGAUGAAAAUGCCCAACAUUCGGCCAUUUAAAAAAAGAAAUAUUUUGAUAUUUAGGCAUUUUGAUAAUUUUAAAACUUAGGACAAAUAAAGACAAUUUUCUCAAACAUGCAAUGAAAUAUUGAUGUUAUGUUCCUUAUAAUAGGCUGCGAAGUAUGACGUUUCAGGUGCGGCUAGGACAAAAGGUCGUUAAUGGAAUUUCAUACACAUCUUGCAGGCCUAGGCCGGCAAAGUCCUCUUUUUUAAUUUUCAUUUCACAGAUAUUUGUGACACAGCAUCGUGGCAUUCAUCCAUUAAAAAAAACUAGAGGCAGUUAUUGCUUUAUGGUUCGUAAUGACACUCUGCCACUACGCCUAUAAAAAAAAACAAAAAACAAUGUUUGCUAUAAUUUGCAGUUUUAUUUGUAUAAAAUCAACAUGAACUUAAUAAAUAAUACAUUCUAUAAUUUUAAAUUAUAAAUUUAACUACACAAAUAAAAAUCUUUAAAAUAUUUCAUCUAAACGUUAGCGGUAAAAAGGUCUACUCAAACACGCGUAAUGAUUUUUUUUAAUUGUUAUGGAGGUAAAGUUGAAAAAUAUUCAUUCUGUUUUAUUGGAUUUAUGGUGCGUUGUUGAUUUUUUGACUUUAAUAUGAGUUCCGACGAAAUAAUGAAAUUAAUAUUAAUUGUAAUCGUAUGUGUUGGAAUUGGCAGCGUAAGCAGAAUUGAUUUUAAAUAACUUGCUGCCUCUGCCGCUAAGUCAAAGACGAAGUAUGUAUAUGGUUGCUUAUGGCAAUUUUAUUCUUUGAGAAACUAAGAAAAAUGGCUUACAGUUUAUUAGAAACAGUUUUGUGGCAUAUUUUAAAUGAAUGUAACUACAAAUUCGUCAACACUGUGGAAAUUAUACUUAUUUACUCCAUGCAUAAAGCAACGAUGUAUGUGAAACAUGAUAUCAACAUGAAAGACUAUGUAAACCUUUGUGACGAAAACGACAGUCAGACGGAUACAAGGCGAAAAAAUCAAAGAUACAUGAAAAUAUACGGGUAGUAAAAAUACACGACUCGUGUAAAACAUACGCGUGAUAAUGAUAUAGGUACGUGUUGGUUAUAUUUUGGGUGUAGUUUACUUUUAGUUUUUUCUAUAAAUAAAACUUGGGUUUCGUGGAUUUUUUAUUUUAUUUAUUUCAUUGCAUGUUUGAGAAAAGCACUAUACAUACCUCGGCGGGAAAUGGGGUUGCCCGCGCUCAGACCUCCCCGGCCUCGCUUCGCUCGGCCGUCUAUAUGUCUUCGGCCGGCAACCCCUUUUGUCCCGGCCUCUGUAGUAAUGUACUAUUAGUCAUUAAUGUCCUUACAUGAUAGGAUGUUGUGUGUGUGAGUAUGACCUCACCUCUGGCGCAGAUCAGAUAGGUAUAUUUUGAUCAUACCGGCAUAGUGACCAAGACUCGGAUACCAGUUAAAUUUUCAAACCGUUAUAACGUAUUAGACGUAAAAGCAUUUACAGACGGGCGUAUCGGACCGUUACCUUGGCCUGUUCGAUAGCCCGCUUCACACUCGUGCGCGAAUCUCUACGCGAAGCCGCGAUUCGCGCACGAGUGUGGACGUGGAGUGGGCUGUUCGAGUGUAAGAGCCUUAUACGAGUGUAAUACGUCCGUUAACGACGCAGCUACUUAUGAGUGAAAGCGAGAAAGAGAUAAGCUGACCGGACCAAGAUCGCGUUCCAGUACGCCCGUCUGUUAGCACUAUAAAACCGGUUUCGGUUCUGUAUUAAAAUUUUUAAAACGGUUAAUUUAGUUUUAAAUAAAGUUUUUUUAAAACAUGGCAUUUUCAAGUAUAAUUCAGAGCGAAACCGAAACAAACCAGUAUUUACCGGUAUGAGUAUUUUAAACCGGUUCCGAGCCUUGCUAGUGAUAAUAACCGAAACAGAACGGCUCAAAUAGGGAUAAAAUGUAUCGGUUUUAUGGAAAGAUAAAUAAAU